AUGGAUUCCGGUGAAUAUAUUCGCAUUUGUCACGUGAAUUGCCAGUCGUUGUUUGCACAUCUUGAUGAGUUCAGAGCACAUUUCGUUGACUCGGAAUAUCACAUAAUCUGUAUGUCUGAAACUUGGCUUAAACCAUCCAUUCCAAAUCGCAUGGUUUUUCUGCAGGGAUACAAUGUGUUUAGACGGGAUAGAAUGGGCAAAACUGGUGGAGGUGUGGCCUUUUACCUCAGAGGAAAUGCCCACGCCAGGAUAUUAAGACAAUCCGAGGAAAAUUACUGUCGCAAACCAGAAUAUUUGAUGGCUGAAAAUUCUAUGGACGGAAACUCUAAGAUUCUACUGGCCGUAGUGUACUGGCCACCGCACUGCGGCUACAUUGAGGAAUUCUUCAAUGAUUUUUCCGAAUUAUCGGCACUGUACAGGCACACUGUCGUUUUUGGAGAUUUCAACGCGGACCUCAACACGCGGACUUUCGACGCGGAGCAGAUCCGUUUAUUGGUGGAUGCGAUGCGUUUCCAUCUUGUACCAUAUGGGCCCACACAUCACACGCUUACGUAUGGGCAGCAGGAGGCGUGUUAUUUGUCUGCCCAUGAUCUGGUUGACAUUACGUACAAAGUGAAAGUCGAGCGUUUUCAACGGCGUCACAUUACAGCUAGAGAUUUUCGCUCAUUUUAUCCUGAAACUUUCUGGAACGAACUGGCGGAAUACGACUGGAGUUCUGUAUUCACCGCGGAAGACAUAGACAGCAAGGUUAGCAUUCUAAAUGACUACCUUCUAGAAUGCUUCGAUAAGCAUGCACCACUACGCAAUGUCUAUCCUAGGCACUUGCCUGCUCCUUGGCUGACCAACGAUAUCAAGAACAAAAUAAAGAAGAGAAAUAUAGCUAGGAGGAAGUGGAAACGAUGCAGAAAUGACACAAACUACGACAACUACAAGCACUUACGUAAUCAGGUUCAAUCGCUAGUACGCAAGGCCAAAUGUAAUUAUUACCAGGAUGCUUUUCAAGAUUUAAGGGAACCUAAUAUUAUUUGGAAUAGGCUCAAACAUCUAGGAUUAAUCAAAAACAAAUCCUCAGAAAUGAAAUUGCUCUUUUCCACAGAAGAACUGGUGGACUUUUUCACUUAUGGUACGGCGGGGACUAAUAGGGAUGCGCAAAAUACCACAGCUUUCUACUUGGGUGAGGAAACAUACGAUGACUCCAAGUUCUAUCUAGCCUAUCCUAUCUUAUGGAAAAGUGCCAUAAUACAGCCCUUACCAAAGGUCAAAAGUCCAUCGCAAUUAAAGGAUUACAGGCCAAUCUCCAUUUUGUGUACCGUCUCCAAGGCUCUCGAACACAUUGUGGCCGAACAAAUUAAGGCCUAUCUGGACGACCAUGAUUUGCUGGAUCCUCAUCAAGCAGCCUACAGAAAGGACCACUCUACGCAAACCGCGCUGAUCAGAAUUCUUGACGACGUGAAACAGGCCGCUGACGCUAGAAAAGUCACCAUUGCAAUCUUCUUCGAUUUUUCCAAAGCUUUCGACAACGUAAAUCAUUAUUUAUUGAUUGAAAAACUAAGGAACCUUGGUUUUUCAUGUUCGGCACUGCGCUGGAUGUGCUCCUAUCUCUACGAUCGAAGCAAAGUUUUGAGAUACUGUAAAUACAAUUUCUACGCUGACGACCUGUGCAUUUACUUGCAUACGGAAUUGAAGUACCUGGCUGAGGCUGUGCAAAAAGUGAAUCAGGACAUUUCCAAUAUAGUAGCCUGGGCGACGGAAAAUCGGCUAUCUCUAAAUCCAAGUAAGACCACGGCAAUGAUCAUGGGCACAGUUCGCUAUCUUAAUGGUCUCCCAUUAGAUGAUCUGCCUCAUAGCUCGUUGUGGACGACACCAUAA